CCCCCUGUCGGUGGCUCAGUGUGGUUCACGGAUGAUGUGGAUGAGUGAAGCACAGCUAUCCUCCUCCUCCUACUGCUCUUCAUCAGCAUCCGCACCGUAGUCUGUUUACAAGGUAACUCCGCUAAACGGAGGAGACAUUUAUUUGCUUUAGUGGACGGUGGAUCUGCAGCCCUGUAUACUAAACAGGAGAACGAGCUUUCCAUCAUGAACUGUGACAUAGACGGAGACAUGGAGAACCAGGUGGAGGUGGAGGAGAAGACGAGGUUAAUAAAUCAAGUUUUGGAACUUCAGCAUACACUGGAAGACCUGUCAGCACGAGUCGACGCGGUCAAGGAGGAGAACUUGAAGUUAAAGUCGGAGAACCAGGUGCUCGGUCAGUACAUCGAGAACCUCAUGUCGGCCUCAAGCGUCUUCCAGACCACCGACACCAAGAGCAAGCGGAAGUGAUCCUCCCUCAACAGAGACUGGGCCGGCAAACCCACCGAGGAGGCAUGGAGACGGGUUUGUUUUCUCCGCAGACCUGGGGCUUUUCUGUAACCGCUUCCCUGAGUCAAAACUUUAUUUAUCGGUAACAUAAACUGACUUUCUCACCCGUCCCGUUGGCUCAGACAAAGAUUAAUGUAAUGUUUAUGUGGCCCAGGGCUGUGUGCAGCAGCUUCCUUUCGACACUACAGACGAGGUAGACCUCACCCUUUAACACCAGAACAGAAUAAUCCCGAGUUGCUCCGUAAUGCUCUCUGUCUAAAUAGUGUUUGUAAAGUAAUUCUUAGGUCUCUCGUGUUUUGAUUUCCAGUGGAUUUCCCAACGUUCUGAUAGCAUCCUAAAAACAAACCCUAAAAUCUUACAAAUACUGUCUCACCCCGAACUUCAUUAUCAACGCUGUUUAUUUUUUUGUAUUUUGUACGACAGCUGGAUCGGAGUUUUCAGUAGGUCUUGGAUGUCAUCAUGUCUGUAUAAAAGCACGACUGUAUUCCUCCGCUUUAAAGCUGAUAAAGUGAACAGUGUUAUGGCGAAUGAAAAAUGUAUUUGGAUGGCAUGUAUCUUUUUUUUAGACAUUAACAUAUCUAAUGAAAUGCCAUUAAAUCAAUAAUCACUGAAUUGCAGACUGUAUAAAGCUACUGAGAACUUUUUAUCAAUCGUAGGUGGGUUCUAGAUGUACAGGCACCGCGGAGAGCUCGGUAACAAUAUAAAUACAUAAAAGCACAGAGAAACACUUGUGUAAACUUUCACUAGAUUUUGACUAAUAUUAGUGAUGCUUUUAUUGAUUUUAAAAUUCACAGACAGGAUUUUCUUUCUGUACUUGUAAGCAUUUGCAGCCCCUUUAAAUUUAUCAUGUCAGUAUUUGGCCUAAAACACAACAGGGGUCAUAAAUGCAGCAGAGACAAAGUGUUUCGCUACACUUUGUUCCCAGCGAUGGCGGAGGAGGGGAGGAGGGGAGGAGAGGCCAAAUGAGUCGAGCUGGAGGGAAGAAAGAGAUGCUUUCUCCUUUAACAGCCAGAACAAAGGCAGUUAAGCAGCCUUGAGUGCUAUCGAUCCGCUCAGGCCGGCAUGGAAGAUGGGUUUCACCGUGAAAUGUGCUGCAGCGAGGAGGGCGUGUCGUCCAACAUGUCUGCUGAUGAAUCUGCUAAAUGUUUUAAUCCCUUUAAACUGGAGUUAAUCUGAAAAGCAAAAAGGGAGGAAUUGGUACCAGUAAGUGAGGCUGUGAACUCUGUAUAUGCUGUAAUUUAUUGAAGUUAUUUUGAUAUUUGUACAGUAGUGUUUCAUUCAUUUCUUUUUGGCAUGCUAAUGAUGCCCGACCUGCACACAUCCUGGUACCAUCAUGUUUUGUGUGUAGAGACUCUGCACAUUUGCCUUUAAAAUGUUUUUUGUCUUAAUAAAAUCCUAAGAUCACUG